UGCAUUGCAAAGAGGCUUGAAUAAGAGUGAGCAACACAAUCGCGGCACAAUUUGGCCAUCAACCAUGGGCCCAUCUUCAUUUUAGUAAAUAUCGAAGACUUACCUCUGGACAAAAUGACAAACGAACGAAAAACGAGAGAAAGAAAGAAAGAUUGGCGCUUCUUAGUUGUCCAUGUUUGUUUGCAUGUAGGCACGUAGCAGUAAGUCCUCUGAUAAAAGAUCUCUAUCUACUCGCCGCUGACGACAAGUCGGAUGGGAAUUCUCCCCCAACUGUCACAGUCUGACCGUGAGCUCGUUCCACCGUAGACCAGAGUCAAAAGUGGAACGAACUAGCGAAGAAACGAACAAACGGAGGAACGAACGGAGGACCUCAUCCUACUUGUCCUUCUGGAUCGACAUAGUCGACGUUCACUUGUACUAGUUCUUUCGUUCAUCUCUGACUCGGACCCAAAGAUGAACGAAAGAAAAACUUGGAGAAAAAUCAAUGCCAAGGCCGUGAUUUACCCGCAUGACCAUACAGGGGCUCCGCCCAGGUCUAGUGUGAAUGACGAACUCCAGACUGUCGGUCCCACCAAGUUGAUUCCAGCCAUCAAGAACCCCUUCAUUUUGGGGCCCCGAUCCGAGAGUGUCAAACUUUGUUACCAACGAGGUCCAAUCGUGGGAUCCGGCUGCUUCGGUUUGGUGUUCAAGGUCAAGAUCCGGAAAUUUGGCUUCCGCUUGGACGAGCAUUUCCAAUCGAAUUCGAACAUGGACCAAGCCGCUCUCAAGAUUGUGGUAGUGAAACGCCGUGAGAAUCGAGAGCUGUCCAUUCUGAAAACCUUGAACCACGAGAACAUUGUCAAACUUCAUUUCUAUUCAUUCAGUCGGCAUGACGUGGACCACGAAGAGGCCGCCGACGGGCCCAUGGAAGAAGUGUGCUUGAACAUGUUCUUCGAGUUCAUGCCCUUGUCCCUCUUUGACGAGAUUCAAAGCCAUCCGCAGGGUCUGUCCCAUGGCACGUCGUUGAAGUACUUGGAGCAACUGGCCAUUGGCCUUCAAUACCUCCACGACCACGUGCACGUCUGCCAUCGAGACAUCAAACCCUCCAACCUAUUGGUGAGCGCUGAUCGGUCCUGUCUCAAGAUCUGCGAUUUUGGCAGUGCCACAGUGCUCAGUGCCCGCCAGACCCAUGUGUCCUACGUGUGUUCCCGGUAUUAUCGAGCCCCGGAGCUACUUCUGGGCUCCGAGGACUACGACGAAAGGAUCGACAUCUGGAGUGUGGGGUGUGUCUUGGGUGAAAUGAUCGGAGCGCAAGUCGUAUUCAAGGGUGAGGACAAUAUGGACCAAUUGGUCGAAAUUAUACACGUAUUAGGCACCUUGGAGGAGGAUGUCCUGACUGAGAUGAAAGUGCCCAUCAAGUUCUUGGACCAAAGCGUGUUGGCCUCUAGACUCACCGGCACUUUUCCCGAGAGACUCCAAACCCAACUCCAAGAGCAUCGCCCCGAUGCCAUCUUCGAAGGCGUCCUGCAAAUCCUCUGUGAUAUACUUCAAUACAUUCCUCAGAAAAGACCCCGAGCGGUCGACAUUCUGUACAAUCUGGCAGCCCUGCCCUGAUCUUAUUUAUUUAUCACCGACAAUACAGACGAUAUUCAUAUGCCAUCGA